UUCAAUAUCUUUUUUUUUUCUCCUUUUUUUCUCUGCAAACAGUUCAAAUUUCAAUGGAUAGAUUAUAGAUACUAGUCCACGAAGCUCUUCCAAUCGGCCCUGCAUUUGAACUGAACCAGUCAGCCGAAUGAAGUGUAGAUCGGUAGCCUGCAUAUGGUCAGCCUCCCCACCCACUCAUAAAGUCACCGCCACCGCCGUACUUAACCACCCUCCCACCCUCUACACCGGUGGCUCCGAUGGCUCCAUCAUCUGGUGGACCCUUCCCUCCUCCUGUACUUACCCCAACCAGGAAAUGGAAGCGAUUGCAAUGCUUUGUGGGCAUACUGCACCUAUUUCCGAUUUAGCAAUAUGUUUUCCUACAGCAGUUUCAGGAAAUGGGAAAUUAGACCACUCAAGCGAUUUUGUUUCUGACUCGAGUUCAAAUGUUUUUGGGGCACUAAUUAGUGUAUGUAAGGAUGGUGUGUUGUGUGUAUGGAGCAGGGCUAGUGGGCAUUGCAGACGCCGGAGGAAAAUGCCUCCCUGGGUUGGUAGUCCAUCCAAGAUUCAGUCAUUGCCUGAAAACAAGAGAUAUGUGUGCAUUGCAUGUUGGGAUGCUGAUAGUGUUCAUUCAUCUGAUUAUCAGUCAAUUGAUAUGGAGAACAAAGGUUUGGUGGAUAGAGAAUCGCAUUAUGGGAAAUCUUCUAAAUGCACUGUUGUGAUUGUUGACUCGUAUAGUCUUACUAUUGUGCAAACAGUUUUUCAUGGGAAUUUAUCCAUUGGGCCUUUGAAGUCCAUGUCCAUUUUAUUGUAUGCUGGUCAUAUGGACAAUCAUUCGGUGAUGAUGGUUGAUUCAUUUAGUAAGGUGCAAUGCUUGCCAAUAUUAAAGGAUUCUGAAGCCACUGGUGCAAAUUUUCCUGCAAAUUCCUCACAUUUGGUAUUAAAGGACUGGCUAGAUGGGUCAGAAGAGGGGGAAGCAUUAAUGGCAUGUGCAAAUCAGGGACAGUUGUUGGUCCUUAUAUAUUCAACACACUGUACGUUUAGGUUGGUUGAUGAUGGCAAUAAAAUUGGGGAGAUUCUCUUUUUGGAUUAUCAACUUUAUCUUAAAGGCCAAUCACAUGUCAUUGGUGGCAUGUUUUUAGAGGAUGAUCAGACAAGCAUCAGACUAAAUUUUGGAAAACAUGAUGAUGUAAUUUCGGAAGAACUGGCUGUGUGGAACAGUAGAGGUUCAGCUGCUGUAUACAGGGUAUCAUACUCAAGCAGCACAUUUGCUUUUGAGCCUCUAUUAGACAUUCCUGCUGUUUCACGUGCUCCCAAUUUAAAGUUAUCCAUUUCUUUUGUUUAUGUCAGCUGCUAUCUUCUUCGUAUUGAAUCAAUCUGCUUGCGAGAUGAAGAACCUUUGCUCUGGGAACCUUAUAUGACUAUUUGGUUAUUGCCACAGCAAUACCAUAGCAAGGAAUUAUCUGGAGGUUGCAAAAGACUUAGUGAAGGCCAAUGUUUUGAUGAUUGGAUUUCCAAAUCCAUACAUAAAACUGAAGGUUCCAUCAAAGAAAUUUCCUCUAGCGCAAUAGGUCUUCAGGGUGAAGCAGAAUCCUUACAUACUGGUGCUUCAUGUUCAAAAAUUUCGGAAAAGUACGUCUCCUCUUCAAUGGUUAUUUCUGAAAACUGGUGUCUUCCAAUGGCGCUUGUUUAUGGCUUCUGUAAUGGUGAUAUAGAAGUUGUGUGGUUCGACAUGUGCUUUGAGGGAAGUGGUUCCUAUGGUCAAAAUCAACAUAAUGAGGCAAACUUACAUGGAUCUAGACAAUAUCUUUCUGGGCACACAGGUGCUGUGCUAUGUUUGGCUGCACAUCAGAUGGUGAGUAUGCCAAAGGGAAGAGAUUUCAGUCAUGUUUUAGUAUCAGGAAGUAUGGACUGCACCAUUCGGAUUUGGGAUCUUGACUCUGGUAACAUGAUUAUUGUAAUGCACCAACAUGUAGCUCCAGUACGCCAGAUAAUUCUUCCACCGCCUCUUACUGAGUGUCCAUGGAAUGAUUGCUUUCUCUCUGUUGCAGAGGAUUGCUGUGUUGCCCUUACCUCACUUGGUACAUUGCAGGUAGAGAGAAUGUUUCCUGGACAGCCAUACUAUCCCACAAAAAUUGUGUGGGAUAGUGCAAGAGGUUAUGUAGCAUGUCUAUGCCCUAAUCAUACAGGAAUCCUUGACACUUCUGAUGUAUUAUUCAUAUGGGACAUUAAAACGGGUGCUCGUGAACGGGUGCUUCGUGGUGCUGCUGCUCAUUCAAUGUUGGAUCAUUUCUGUACAGUCAUGAAGAAAGAUUCUGCUCCUGCCAGUUUAAUGUGCAGAAAUACUUCAGCCUCCUCACUAAAUCUUCCACUGACAGAGGAAAAUAAGUAUUCACAUUCUCGUUUAAGAUAUACAGCAAAAGGGACUUCUACAUCAAGCAGAUUCCCUGUUUCUACAAGUGUGACUGAAUCAAAUAGAUCCCAAACACAUGCUACAAAAGAAGCUGUCAUUGAGUCAAUUGAAUCUACAGUAUCUGCCUUUCAAAGCAAUAAGCCCCCAAUUGAAGGCUUGUGCCCUUUUCCAGGAAUCACCGCUUUGUGCUUUGAUCUUAAGUCAAUGAUUUCUAUUUGUAAGAGUCAUGAUUUGACUAUGGCAGGAAGUAUUGAUCAUAGAAAGACUUCUUCAGAAGUAAUUGGAGAGGACACACCAAAAGACAGCCCCCAAAAGAAAAUCGAUAGUCAGCGAAUGUACCGGGAAACAGAUAUUGCAACCCCCCACCAUGUCAGCAAAGAGAUUUAUUCUGCUUCCAGUGGGACCUCAGGUGGUACAGUAGCAGAUCAUGACUUGCUUUACUCCCUUGAAGAAUCCUUGCUUCAGUUCAGCUUGUCUCUUUUGCACUUAUGGAAUGUGGAUUAUGAGCUUGACAGAUUGCUACAAACUGAAAUGAAGCUCAAAAGACCCGAACUUUUCAAUGUAGCUUCUGGUUUAAUAGGGGAUAGAGGCUCUUUGACACUGAUGUUUCCUGGUUCAAGUGCCACCUUAGAGCUUUGGAGAUCAUCAUCUGAGUACUCUGCUCUGAGAUCACUAACUAUGUUGGCCCUUGCACAGCACAUGAUCAGUUUAUCACCUUCGUAUUCUGGAGCCAGCAGUGCUUUAGCAGCCUUUUAUGCUCGGAGCUUUGCAGAGAAAAUCCCAGAUAUAAAGCCUCCUUUGCUCCAGCUCUUGGUAAGCUUUUGGCAAGACGAGUUUGAACAUGUAAAAAUGGCUGCUCGCUCUCUUUUCCAUUGUGCUGCAUCACGGGCUAUUCCGCGCCCAUUGUGCUGUAAUAGUGCAAAUGCUCCUGCAAAAUCUCUUGAUCGUUCGACCGGAAUAACAAAGUUAGAACGUGAAAAUUCAAACUCCCUGACUCCUAACUGUCUGCCAAAAACACUGAUGGAUUCUCGGAGCGAAGAAUCUGAGAUUCUUUCAUGGUUGGAAUCAUUUGACACACAAGACUGGAUCUCGUGUGUUGGAGGAACAACUCAAGAUGCCAUGACCUCUCAUAUAAUUGUUGCUGCAGCAUUGGCAGUUUGGUAUCCCAGUCUUGUGAAACCAAAUCUUGCCUUGUUGACCGUUCAAUCUUUGAUGAAAUUGGUUAUGGCUAUGAAUGAAAAAUACAGUUCUACUGCUGCAGAGAUUUUGGCAGAAGGUAUGGAAAGCACUUGGAAAGCAUGUAUUGGUUCUGAAAUACCUCGGCUGAUAGCAGACAUAUUCUUCCAGAUUGAGUGCGUUAGUGGUGCAUCUGCUAAUGCACCUGCUCAGAAGUCAGCUUUAUCACAUAACAUUAAGGAGAUUUUGGUGGCUGUACUUCUUCCAAGCUUAGCAAUGGCUGACGUACUUGGAUUUCUGAAUGUAAUCCAAAGCCAAGUGUGGUCUACUGCAUCUGAUUCGCCUGUUCAUGUGGUGUCACUGAUGACCCUCAUUAGGGUUGUGCGUGGUUGUCCAAGAAACUUGGCGCAAUACCUUGAUAAGGUGGUCACUUUCAUUUUGCAGACCAUGGACCCAAGUAACUCAGUUCUGCGUAGAAGUUGCACUCAAAGUUCAAUGGCAGCAUUAAAGGAAUUAGUACGUGUGUUUCCUAUGGUGGCUCUAAAUGAUACAGCAACUAGGUUGGCCGUUGGGGAUGCAAUUGCUGAGAUUAAAAAUGCCAGUAUUAGGGUAUAUGACAUGCAAAGCAUGGCCAAAAUAAAGGUGUUGGAUGCAAGUGGACCCCUAGGACUUCCAACUUUGCUCAGAGGAGCUUCAGAUACAGCAGUUACAACUGCAAUUUCAGCUCUAAGCUUUGCACUGGAUGGAGAGGGCCUAGUGGCAUUUUCCGAGAAUGGGCUGAUGAUUAGAUGGUGGUCACUCGGGUCUGUUUGGUGGGAGAAAAUCAGUCGAAAUCUUACUCCUGUUCAGUGCACAAAAGUUAUAUUUGUUCCUCCAUGGGAGGGAUUUUCUCCUAAUUCUUCCAGGUCCAGUAUAAUGGCAAGUGUAACAUCAAAUGAUGGUCAGGUCAAUUUACAGGAGAGCAAGAAAGCAUCAACUGAAAUCGAUUCAGUGAAACUUUUGGUUCAUCAUCUUGACCUCUCUUAUCGUCUAGAGUGGGUUGGUGAAAGGAAAGUAAAGCUCAUGCAGCAUGGGCGUGAGUUGGGCAUUUUCCAGUUAUAAGCACGUUAUUUCUGGGUUUGCGCUGAACAUCUUGAAGGCACAUUCUUAACUUCAGUGCUAAGAAAUGGUAUAUCAUCUUAUGAGUUCCACCUUUUGGUUGCAACCGAGGUUUAGACUUGUGCAAUAUGCUAGCUAUAUCAAGUAAGAGAAAUCCACAAAUAAAUCUUUCAUAGUUUCAAGCUUCUGCUUUUGAUACCAUCAUUUUCUCAACAGAACAGAGAGAUAGAUGCAUGAACCCGCUAAAAGGAGAGCAAUGCUGCUGAAGUAGCUGAGGACCUCCAGAUCCAGUAGUUCUACUAUUUUUUAUUUUUUAAUUCUUUUCUUUUUGGUUUUUUUUUUGGGGUUUUGG